GUUCGCUGUACAAUAUAACUUUUAUUUUUCUACCCAGCACGAUAUUGUACAUAUUUGUUGGUCCUUCGAGCAGGAUGGUGCAGCAUAAUUUGGAGAUACAGUACAGAAAAAUUCGUGCAAUUCGUUGUGAGCCGAAAAUAAAGACACCUUCGCUCGCGACUUAGACAGAUAGACACAGAACAAUGGACAUUGUUAUAUCAGAUACGCCAAAAUAAGCAAAUCGGUAUUCAAGUGCUAAACAAAUCGGGGUUCAAGUGAUAAAGAUGGUGCUUAUUCUUGGAUAUUCUGGUUGCAGAGAUAUUAACAAUGGACUGAAAAUCACAAAAAAAAAGAGGCAUCAAGUUCGUUUAGAAGCCUCUUCACUAAAAAAAAGGUAUCUAAAAUUGAUAAAGACAGCCUAGAUCCACUUGAUGCUCCUAGGCUCUCUACGUCAUCAUCUCCAUCUAAUUCUCCUUCAUCUUCUCAGCCUAAAAGUUCAACAGGAAAAAGUCUUGUUGACGAAUUGAAGGCUAAGUAUGGGUUUCGUUCUCAUGCUGCUUCAUCUUCACGGAUGAAACAAAAUAAUCCAAUUCAACACCAAACCCCAGAGUACAGCCAAAGAACCUCAGAGCGUCGAAAUUCCGAUGCGUCACUUGAACACUAUGCUAAAGGGACUCUCAAUAUACCUCCAGCAGUCGCUUAUAACUCCGGCCACAUUGUCUUUGAUAUGAGCACAGAAAAGCUGAUAUCUAAGCCUGGUGAGGUGAUACCAAUGCCUGCUCCACCCAAGCAGAGAAGAAAACACAAGCAACCCGAAGGUACUUCUGGAGAAAAAGAAGAUUUAAACAUGAAUGAGCCGGUACAUGUACCAUUAGUGCGAAGAAGGAGAUACCAGGAAGCAGAAGAUUCAAACACGAGAGAGCUCGUACACGAUCCAUCAAUGCGUUCGAGAGUAAAUUCUCAAAAAAAAGAACAACAGAGAUCUAUCCAGCAUGAGCAAAGUGGAUAUUAUAACCAACCUAGAAAUGAGGAUUUUUCAGAUACUCAUAAUUCAUCACAGAAUCAACCUCCUGCUUUGCACGCAAUAAAUCAAUCGAUAACACCAGGUGAAUAUCAGACAACAAGAACAGCCAAUAGAAAUGCAGCAAGGCCAACAGUGGUUACAAAUACUCGUGACCUAUUUAGCGUGCAGCCUCAACGUCUAAAAAGCCCUUCACAGGAUGAUGAACCCGAAUUACUUUACAAUGAUACCAGCUACUUAAAUAAUCCUUACAAUGAUUAUCGCCCUUUAGAUCCAAAAAAUAAUCCGUAUCAUUGA